GCGCGGAUAUUGGGCAGUGUCAGUUCUGAUUCUCGAGAGGCGGAGGGACAAUGGCUGAACGUUGGGAAGGGCUCGAGGACCGCGACAACAAUCAGGAAGCGGCGCAGGCCACGAAGAAAAAAUGGGAAGAGGAGUGGGAGGAGGACGACGAGGACGAGGAGAACGACGAGGACGAGGAGGACGAAGAGGACGCCCAGCUCUCUCUGGAGGCUCUGAGAGUGCUGGACAGACUAAAGGAUAUAGACUGCCCCUUCCUUGAAGGUCUGUAUAUUACUGGACUGAGGACAAUAAAACAGUUCCUGUGUAGGCCCUCAAUUUACCGUUUGGUUAUUCUGGAAUGGUUGUUUUCAAGACUGUAUCCUUCUUUGGAGGAUUCAUUUGCCACUGGCCUGGACUCUGGGGCUAAAGAGAAAAUAACAGGUAUAACUUUAUUGGGGAAGGAAUUAAAGAGCCCGGGCCGGGGUGACCGGGAGGGUUUGGUGGGUUCUGCUGGUGUGAAGGAACAGCUUUAUUUCUUUAAUCAGUUAUUGGAUCUGGUCACAAGUCUGGGUCCUGAAUAUGCCAUCAGUUUCUUCAGUGUGGAAGAGAAUUUCUGCAGCUUAGUGGAAGACAACGAGAUGCUGCUGAACAAGGUCUUCACUUCCCAUAUUGAAGAGGAGAUCUUAGAUCCCAAGUUGAAUCCCUUGCCUCUGGACAUAGAGAACUCCUGUGGGGCAAAGGAAAACCUGCAUAGAAUGCCACUGGGGGCAAAGACCAAGGUGGAAGAGCUUUCUGAAAAACUGAAUAAACUCACUGAAAUGCUACAGGCACACAAGGAAGAGUGUUCUUCCCACUGUGGGAAAAUCUCCAGCCAAGGUAGUAGCACCUUGAGCUUGACUCUCUCAGAUUUCCAUCAACUGGUGAUUGCUUUUAUACACGUUUUUGAGGAUGAGCUUCGUGAGUUCUGUAAUCGCCCAAACCCCAACAUCCACCCUUGUGGUCCAUUAUUUCAAUCUAUAAAUGAGACUCUAACGUUCUUCAACCAGGAGCUGAAAACUAUCAGUCAAGUCACAGAUACCUCUGUGAAGGUGGCUCACGUAGCCGAGGAGUCACAGAGGGAGAAAGCCUAUUUGCAUGGGGGUAACUGCAUGGUGACCUUAGCUGAGAAAAUGAAGGCACUAAUACAGAAAUAUGAAUUCUUCCAAGACGGUCCUCAGACAUCCAAUGAAAGUAUGAACCAAAGCUAAGCAUCUAUUCCUCAGUGCUCAGUCCUUGGGACUUGUGUUUGGGAAACAAGGGGGAAGAAGCUGGUCAUGAGGCAACUUUCUGUUUACUAUCAAAAAAUAGUUAUUUUUUGUUAAUGUGAACUUGACAAGCACCAGUGAGGGACAAAUAGAAAAAAUGAUUGUACAUGAAAACACAAAUCAAAUUAUGUUCACCUUACUUUUUAAGAAUUACAUAAUAAAAUCAUCAUCUUAAUAUGUAUACAUAUAUUGUAUUUAACAUAUACUUUUAACAUAUUUAACAGGUAUUGGUCAACUUGCCAUCUGG